GAAGAGAGCACGUAGCUCGGUGCAGAACAAAACAGGCACACUUGCACCUCUUCCUGCCUUACCGACUUUUUCCAGCUGGGCAUUUUGAGGAGAGGCAUUAAAAAGCUGUGCUACUGAGUAGGUUACAAGAGGAACGAUCCAACCGGAGCCCACGCGGCACAAUUGCCAUGCAAACACGAACUGGCUUCCAGCUGUUCGUCCGAAUAUAACCGAGGGCAAAGUAUAAAGGGGUGAUGAACUCUCCGUUUGUCUCCAGGCACACUGGCCUGAAACUGGGCUCCCUCACGUUAUCUUGAAGAUCCUAGCAACAGCUUAGCCAAGGGAGUGCUUUCAACUCCAGCUGCUCCUUUGACCACUAACAGCGUUUGUGUUCCUGUUUAAAUAAGAUAAAGAGGCUUUAAAAAAACGGAAAAGAAGGGAGGGGAGGAAAGGAGCAGAGCUGACUGCCUCAUUUGGGUUGGAAUCCUCAUCUUGACUUGAGGAGCAAAGACAGGAUUCUGGGUUAUGGGUUUUUUUGGCAACUAAUUUAACAGAUUCUAGAAUACCUUUUAUCGUUCAAAGUUGUGCUGGACUAAAAUGUAUGGAAAGACCGAGAAGAGGGGUUGAGUAUCUCCCUGCCAGAGGUUAAAACCUUCCUCCUCUGCUAGGUGGUUGUGGUCCUUUAAUUUUUCGUUAUUAUUUUGCGUGGGUUUUUUUUCCCUCGUGUGUCUUUGUUGUUGUUUUUCCUCGCUUUUGUUUGUGGCUUUCUUCUACUCGGCACGGAGAGAAGUCGCUGCGUUUUCUCAUUCGCAGCAUCAGUCACGCCGGUCCCAGGUUCACGCCGAGUAGCUGUAAAACUUUCCGAGGGAAAGGGAGUCACUUUUACCGCCUGUGUGGGGGUGGCGAGGAGAGAGAGGCAGAGGGGUCCCAGAAGCAACUGGGUCUCCGCUCACGAGCGGCAGAGGGGUCUCCGCGCUCCUCCGCGUUCGUAGGCUGUGUAAUUGCCGAGGAGGCAGUGAAUCACAUCUGUGUAAAGCCCACUGAGCGAGGGGGCUCCGGCAAGCUCUGUUCCAACCGGUCUCAGGCAGCUGGGGUAACAUCAGAAACAGCAGCCAACAGCGAGCAAAAUAAAAGGGGUGAGCCCACCGGACACUGCAGCAGAGCCAAGCCCCCGCUCGGUACGAGUGCUCCUGCCGGCGGGGAGCAGCGGGCGGUCGAUGGACGACCUCGGCGGGACCCGGCCCCUGCGGCUGCUCUUGCUCCUGGCGCUGGUGCCUUCGCUCUGGGGCCAAGACCUUCCAAUGGAAGAAUGCUGUGAGAACGGUAUUGAAUGGGCAAAUAAAAACAGAAUAUGUACUUCUCUACCAUUCAUAGCUGAGUCCAGAGAAUGCAGCGUGACGCAGGCGCAGUGCUGCCGCAGCCAGGUGCAGAAGCAGUCCUGCGCGGACGGGAUGGAGUUCGCCAGCGUGCGGGACGAGUGUGACUCACACAGUGCCGACAAUUCCACCUGUGAGGCUGAGUACUUCAAGACAUGUUGUUACUGUUGCUUGCUGGGAAAGGCUGCUGAAAUUCAAGGCCAGGGUUGUGAACCCAACCCAAAGCUCGGGCAGCAGUGUGGGACUGUCUUCAGAGCCUGCUGCGUGAAAGACCAAGGCGGCAUCCAUGUGUCCAUCAGCGAUGAUGUCCCUAAAAGGGAGCAAGUUGAAAUUUCAAAGGAGGAACUGGACCAAGAAGAUCCCUACCUGCAUGAUGGCUGUAGAGGUGGUGGGCCCUGCUCUCAGCAGUGCAGGGACACAGGAUCCAGCUACGUCUGCUCCUGCUUUGUCGGCUAUCAGCUUCAGCCAGACGGUGUCAACUGUGAAGACAUCAACGAGUGCAUCACUGGCACUCACAGCUGUGGCAUUGGGCAGACCUGUGUCAAUACGCUGGGGUCCUUCCGCUGCCAGCGAGACACCAGCUGCGGGACCGGCUAUGAGCUGACCGAUGACAGUCGCUGCAAAGAUAUUGAUGAGUGUGAGACUGGUACUCAUAACUGCCCCCCCGAUUUUAUCUGCCAGAAUACUCCAGGCUCUUUCCGUUGCCGACCCAAGCUGCAGUGCAUGAAUGGGUUCAUACAGGACGCUCUGGGCAACUGCAUUGAUAUCAAUGAAUGCCUGAGCAGCAGCAUGCCCUGCCCGGCUGGGCAGAUAUGUAUCAACACUGAUGGCUCCUACAUGUGCCAGCGAAUCUCUCCCAACUGUGGCCGCGGUUAUCAUCUCAAUGAGGAUGGAACAAGAUGUGUAGACGUGGAUGAAUGCUCAUCCUCUAACCAGCCUUGUGGAGAAGGACAUGUUUGCAUAAAUGGCCCCGGCAGUUACCGCUGUGAGUGCAAGCCUGGCUACUCUUUUGAUGUCAUCAGCAGGACCUGUAUCGAUAUCAACGAAUGCAGGCGCUACCCAGGCCGCCUUUGUGCUCACAAGUGUGAGAAUACUCCUGGCUCCUACUACUGCACUUGCACCACGGGGUUCAAGCUUUCAGCUGACGGCAGGUCAUGUGAAGAUUUAAAUGAGUGUGAGAGCAGCCCCUGUAGUCAAGAGUGUGCCAACGUGUACGGCUCCUAUCAGUGUUACUGCCGCCGUGGCUUCCAGCUCAGUGACAUAGAUGGCAUCUCCUGUGAAGACAUUGACGAGUGUGCUUUACCCACGGGGGGGCACAUCUGCUCCUUCCGAUGCGUCAAUGUUCCCGGCAGCUUCCAAUGCACGUGUCCCUCCACUGGUUACAGGCUGGCACCCAAUGCUCGCAACUGCCAAGAUAUUGACGAGUGUGUCGCAGAGAGCCACAACUGCUCUUUGAACGAGACCUGCUUUAACAUCCAGGGCGGCUUCCGCUGCCUGUCUUUGGAGUGCCCGGAGAACUACCGCAAGUCGGGAGACACUGUCAGACUCGAAAAGACAGACACGAUCCGCUGCAUUAAGUCUUGCCGGCCCAACGAUGUCAGCUGUGUGCUGGAUCCAGUCCACACCAUUUCCCACACUGUCAUUUCCCUGCCCACGUUCAGGGAGUUUACCAGACCUGAAGGUUUGGCUGUAGCAAAGAUUAUUUUCCUCCGUGCCAUCACACCUACGUACCCAGCCAACCAGGCAGAUAUCAUAUUUGAUAUCACAGAGGGCAAUUUAAGAGACUCCUUCGAUAUCAUCAAGCGUUACAUGGACAGCAUGACAGUGGGGGUGGUCCGACAGGUGAGGCCCAUCGUGGGACCCUUCCAUGCCAUCCUGAAGCUGGAGAUGAACUACGUCAUGGGUGGAGUGGUGUCGCAUCGCAACAUCGUCAACGUCCACAUCUUCGUCUCGGAGUACUGGUUCUGAGAGAGGCAGAGAGCAUUUGCAGUGCCAGGCAAGCAGCUCCCACCAAAAACAGUAGCACGAGCUAUUAUGCCAUGUAUCUGUUUGUAAAACCCAAUAGUGUUCUUUUCUCUUGUUUUGUUUCUUUCAUGUGUGGGUUAGAGUUGGAGGCAAAUAAAAGCUCUUGCCUUGGUUAGGCACAGGAUGGAGCAGGCAAAGUGAGCCCCAUGUAGCUGUCUGUAUAAAUAUGUAGUGUGCAGAAGUGGAACUCAAAUCUUUCCCCCAUGUUUAAGCAGAUCUUAACCAUUGCUCCUUGGCCAGGUAGCCAGAGUGACUGAGGCUGUGGAACAAAAGCCCUGUCAAGAGUUCAUUGGGAUGAAUACAGAAUCACAGAAUGGUUUAGGUUGGAAAGGACCUCAAAGCUCAGCCAGUUCCAACCCCCUGUGCCAUAGGCAGGGACACCUUCCACUGGAAAAGGUCACUCAAGACAUCCAGCCUGGCCUUGAACACCUCCCUGGGCAACCUGUGCCAGUGUCUCACCACCCUCACUGCAAACAACCCUUUCCUAACAUCUAGUUUGAAGCUCCCCUCUGCCAGUUCAAACCCAUUACCCCUCAUCCUGUCAUGACAAGACCUUGUCAAUAGUCCUCUCCAGCCUUCCUGGAGCCCCCUUCAGAUCCUGCAAGGCCACUCCAAGCUCUCCUCCAAGCCUUCUCUUCUCCAGGCUGCAGAGCCCCAACUCUUGUAGCCUGUCCUCAUAGCAGAGCUGCUGCAGCCCUCUCAGCAUCUUUGUCACCCUGCUCUGGAUGGGCUGCAACAGUUCCAUGUCCUGCUUGCGUUGGGGGCUCUAUGUUUGGAUGGAAGGCAUUUGGUCACCAUUGAGUAAUCUCACCCUGUAGGCAUCAGACAGUCAGAAGGUGCUGAGCAUUCCCUGCAGGGCCCCAGUGGAUACCUCUGAGCAGGCACCUGGGUUCCUAAGCGUUUCUGAAAGGUUCAGCCUAGGUAUUUGCAAAGCAGCAUUCAGCUACAGCUAACAGAGGAAGUGCAAAAGGAAUCAGGACUGGUAAGAGGCUAACAAGUUACUGCACAUCAUGAAAGAGGAACUUGGGGCUUGGCUUUUGGUGGCUUGGGUUUGGUUGUUGGGUUUUUUUUGGUACUUAUUAUUUGAUUGUAAGUUUAUGUUUGAUUGUAAUUAAAUACCUCUCACUGAAACCAACCUGUUACAAGGAUAAAGCAUCCUGCUAAAUUCCAAUCUCCUCUGUCCUCAGAAGCACAGAGAGAACUCAAGGCUUGUACCUCUCCUGUCUGUAGAGCAAAGCUCCUGCCAUUUGAAAACUGGUAGCAGAAGGAGCACGUUGAGCUGUACACUCCUGUGCACCAAACCAAGGCAUGUGCAAGAACACAGUGAAACUCUCACAAAUAAAUGAACGUUUAAUGUGU